AUGUCUGGCCCCGACCAACUCCCCCCUCCUUCCGACCAAGAUUGGACGUUCCCUAAACCCAAGAAAACUCGCAAACGCCCUCUCCCUCCUAAACUGCCACAGCGGACGGGGCCAUUAAAAUCCCCCCAAGAAAUUGAAACUGAAUACCUCCAAAUCAAACAAGACUGGUCGACAUCUCCAUGCUGCAUAUCCCUCCGUAAACUCAUCGCCUCCAAUGGACGGAAUCUUUCACCGGUGAACAAGGCAAUUUGCCUAGGCCUAGGCACUUUUGAUCCCCACGAUGACUCUUGGGAGACCAAGCGGAGAACAUAUCGCCAGUACAUUGCUUUUGUAGCCAUGGUUGAAGAAUUAGAAAAAUUCACCACCAACAAAAUAGAAUGCAUCUUCCAAGAACCACUCUUCACAGAACCGGAAAAGCAGUUCCUCACAACAAAAGGACACCGCGUGGUAGACCAUCCCGUUGCAUGCCAAUCCAUAACAGACGACUCGCUCCUCUAUGGGGUCCAUUUAUACCGAGAAUUGUACCAGGAGGCUCUGGAUACGAACUUGCCUGCCAUUUUCGUGGGCACAGACUGGGAUACGUGGGAUGAGCUUAUGCUUCAGGAACCGGCGUUGAUGCGGGGAGUCAAGUCAAUGCACGAGAGGUAUGAGAAGUUUCAGUUUCCGGACGAUGGGCUUACUUUUUCGAGUACUGCUAUUUAUUGGCGGCCGAGGGGGGCGAAAAUUGGUGAAGGGGCUGGAGAGGAGGACGAUGAGGAUAAACAUGCGGAUGCCAAGCCUGAACUGGAACUCACUGGGAAGCUGGAGGCGGUUGUAAUUUCAUAA